AUAUACACGGACCUUAGCAUAAAGUCCCAUGCUUAGGGAAGAUUUCAUAUUUCAUGUUCGAGACAUGAACAUACGCCGUAAAUCUUUCUUGGCAGCGAAACAAAUGACGCCGGAGAACCUCCUCCGCCGUCCCCGGCCCGCCCCGAAGUGCACCACCGGCUGCCCCGUCCUCGACCGCUGCCUCGGCGGCGGCGUCCCCUGCCGCUCCGUCACCGAGGUCGCCGCCGAGAGCGGCUGCGGCAAGACCCAGCUCUGCCUCCAGCUCCUCCUCUCCGCCCAGCUCCCGCCCUCCCGCGGCGGCCUCUCCGCCUCCUCGCUCUACCUCCACUCCGAAUUCCCCUUCCCCCUCCGCCGCCUCCGCCAGCUCUCCCGCGCCCGCCCCCUCGGCCCCCGCCACGACCCCUUGGAGUACAUCUUCGUGCACCCUCUGCAGUCCGCGGACCACCUGCUCGACGUAAUGCCCAGGAUGGAAUCCUUCGUGGAGAACUUCAAGAGCCAGUUCCCGGUUCGGCUUAUCGUUAUCGACUCGAUAGCGGCUUUGUUCCGGUCGGAGUUCGACAAUAACCCGCUUGAUCUCAAGCGGAGGUCGUCCAUGUUUUUCAAGAUCUCGGGGAGACUGAAGUUGCUGGCCGAGAAGUUUGAUCUCGCGGUUGUGGUGACGAAUCAGGUGGUCGAUGUGGUCGCUCCCAAUGAGGGGAUUAACGGGCUGAGGAUUGGGAACUUGGGGUGCUUGGAAUCAUCCGGGAGACGGGUUUGUGCCGCGCUGGGUCUGGCGUGGGCGAAUUGCGUGAACUCGAGGCUGUUUUUGUCGAGGGAUGAAGAGAUUGUUAGUACAGUGAAUGACAUGAGGGAUGAGUGUGGUUGUGAACGGAUGCAUUGCGGAACAAGGAGAAGACUCCAUUUGCUCUUUGCCCCUCACAUCCCUGAUACAUCUUGUGAAUAUGUGAUUACCAGAGAGGGAAUUUCUGGGGUUUGCAGAUAACUCUUGGUCCCUGUCUGUACAGUCUGAGCUUCUGCCGGAGAACUAGAUAGAACAUCAACGAGGAAUUCACCUUCAAGGAGCCGAAUAAGAACAGAGAUAAUAACAACUAUCCAGGUAAAAGAACAAAAAGUCAAAAGCGUGUGAGUUUGUCAUGAUAGGAGAGUGCGUUGAGGGUGCACUUCCCUUUGAUGUUCUUCUGCUGAUGUCACAAACCGUCACUCAUUGAUCCUGUUGUCUAUGUUGACUGCCAUUUUUGCUAUGAUCUCCUCCCUAUCUCUCUCUCUCUCUGCUGCUUCACAUAUGGGUGGACAAUGGAUUGACACUGCUUAUAAGGCUUCUUAAUUAUUAUUAUGGGGAAUGGCAUAAAUCAUGAGCAAUUAGUUAUCAACUGAUGACAAGUUUUUCGACGAGCUUUUCGUCACUUGUUACCUGUCAAUGAAGAGCUUCUUCUCACUAAUUACCAACUAGUGGGAAGGCUCUAUUCAUUAAGUUAAGCUUAUCUUUUCUUAUUUUCUUUCGGCAAAAAGACAGUUUAUAUUUG